ACCUGGGAUACUUACCAGAGCCACGGCAAGGAAAAGAAUAGCGUAAACCACGAAGAUCUUCAUGGUUGAGAAUUCUUCAGAAUACUUGGAACACACGAGACUCUUCAGAAUGUCUUCUGAUGAUCGUGCUCCUCGUAAAAAUAAUUGAUGUAAAGGAUCAGCAAAAAACUUAGACCAUCAUGCGUACGUCCGUGCAGAAUAGUGCUCCUGGCUAUUAGUGUUUCAUACUAAUUUUUUUUCCAAUGCAUAAAAUAUCAGUUCUUUUAAUCUUUCCUUCAGACUCUCCAGUGUAAUGGGAUACAAAAUCAGCUGUCACGUUUAUCGAACCCGAAUGGAUUUGCGCAUUAAUAUAGGGGAGCCAUUAGGAAUUAGCAAAAUAUCAAAGUCAGAUCUUGUGAGAGGUCUUCGACCUUUUUACCAACGGUAAAACGAUCGGAUCAGCGAUUUAUAUUAUAAUCGUAUGAUAUGCUCCACAUGACUCCACGCUUUUACAUAGGAAUACUCUCACGUUUAAAUAUCUCUAGGCCAGUAAAUGAUCAUCCGUAUUCGAAUGCUUUCAUAUGUAGCAUAAAGAAAUACUGAUUCAUCUGAUGAAGUUGGUAGGCACGUGAUGGUAGACAAUCCAAAAUGAACAAAAGAAACGAAGCAGGAUCCAUUGUAAUUUAUACAACGUUUUGAAGCGAGAGAUCAGAUCCUUGGGCAUAUUUUUUUGGGAGAGCAAAAAAUAUUCAUCUUCAACGAUUAAAUCGGUGGACGAGAGUAAUUGGUAAUGACGACGUCUUGGCACGAUGGAAUUCGAACCUACUGGAGUUUUUUUUUUUAAAUAACAUUCAUAGGCCUACUACUUUUACCAAUAUUUGCUAGGCGUAGGAAAUACAUUUCAGAUCAAUUUUGGAAAUCUAAUAAAGGCCUACACGUGUUGUCUGCGGUUAGGCGUCCGAUUCAUUCAAUUCUAUAGGAUGUAGCCAAUCGCAAAGGUUCUUAGUAGAAACGGUCGCGAUUGGUCUACUCCACUGGUGAACCUAGUCCGUUUGAUUUGAAAAGCAAUACGCAAAAUGUGGCGCUCAUAAUAAAACCGCUCCGAAUGAGGUUAUCUGCUAUCUGGUAUAAGUAUUUACCUACAUAUUGAGUGCAUGUGCCGUUUCGAAGCGUCGGCGUCGCGCUGUAGCGCUGCCGCAUGGUGGAAGCGAGAGAAACUGAGAAGAAAGUAAAAGAGAACCGACGAGGAAGAAGAGAGAGCCGAUUAGUGAUAAAGCAGGUAGCUCGAGAGAGAAGUCGAAUGUCGAUAAUAUAGGGUGCUUUAAGGGUUCAGGUUAGGCUAGUGAAAUAAAAAACAACACAGGGGCGCUGCGGCUACGACUCCCCGAGAAUAAUCAAAAUCAAUGCAAGUGCGGUGUUUCGUGUGUGGUACAAGUGUUUUAGAUUGUUUUCUCAACACCAAAGAUCAUGUCCAACGGGCUGACUUUGCUGACCAGCAAUCAGCAACAACAACAGAGGAAUUGCAACGCGUCGGUGGUUGCCGUUGCCUCGGAGGGCCACCAAGAGAGGCACUCAACGGGGAUGGAUCAGCCCAAUAUGUCACAGACCCAUCUCAAGAGAUCAGCAGAUUCUGAGAUAGAAGGUGCGCCAACCCCCAAAAAGAGGCACAAAAACCCACAGCCUAAGAAUGCCGUUUGUGCUCUGAACGAACUGAAGACUGGAGCUGUGUACAAGGUCGUAGGUCAGACGGGUCCUACACACGCACCGAUAUUCACCAUAGCAGUGCAGAUAGAUGGACAGACCUACGAGGGCAAGGGCCGAACAAAGAAGAUGGCAAAGCAUGCUGCAGCCGAGCUCGCUCUGCGCAAUAUUGUGCAAUUCAGAAAUGCGCCGGAAGUUCACCAAGCGAUAAACACUUGCCAUCCGGUAAUACCGCUGGAGCCAGACUUUACAAGCGACGUGACAGAGCGUGACAAUCAUUUAGUGAACGCAUUUAAAACACUGACACAAGAACCAAAGAAUGCAAACAAAUUUUUGGAUAAAGGUCCGGUGGCUCUGAUCAAUGAGCUAUACCCUGGAGUUAUAUAUAAGUGUGUAUCUGACAACGGGGAGAGUUACGCAAAGUUCACAAUAGCUGUCACCAUCGAUGGAGAGACGUUUGAAGGGACGGGUCCCAGUAAAAAAUUGGCUAAAGCGGCGGCGAGCAAGGCUGCCCUCGCUAAAUUGAAAAAUGUUCACAGCUCCUCAUUUGGCAUGCCACUGCCAGUUCGCGUGUUGCCAAACUUCUGUAGUCCCGGGCACUGGCAAGAGCAAAUGAGUUUACCACAAAUGCUUGCCGACAAGAUCGGCAAAAUGGUUAAUCAAAAGUUUACCGAACUUAUGCAGACUAAGCCACAACAUGCGAGACGCAAAGUCUUGGCUGGAAUCGUACAGACAAAAGGACCUGACGCAGAACUCAUCUGCGUCACGACAGGUACCAAGUGCGUGUCCGGGGAACAUUUGAGCGUAAGUGGAGGAGCUCUGAAUGACUGUCAUGCUGAGGUUGUGGCGCGGCGGUGUCUAUGUGAGUAUCUGUACCGACAUCUGGAACUACACACGCAGAAUCGUCCUCAAGAGUCAAUCCUUGAAGCAGUGAAGAAGGGAUACAAAUUGAGACAGGGUAUUCAGUUCCACUUAUACAUUAAUACGGCUCCAUGCGGAGACGCUAGGAUCUUCUCGCCGCACGAGGAGAACGAGGCGGUCGACAAGCAUCCUAAUAGACGCGCUAGAGGGCAGCUGAGAACCAAAAUAGAAUCCGGUGAGGGAACUAUACCGGUAAAGAGUAGCGAGGGGAUACAGACCUGGGAUGGCGUGCUCAUGGGCCAAAGACUGCUAACGAUGUCGUGUUCGGACAAAAUAGCUCGGUGGAACGUACUGGGUGUACAAGGUGCACUCCUUAGCCACUUCAUCGAGCCAAUUUACUUCCACAGCAUCGUUCUUGGCAGCCUUCUAAACCCAAGCCACAUGUACCGAGCAGUAUGUGGACGCAUCGAGAACACAAUCCAGGGUUUGCCUCCUCCCUACAGACUCAAUAAACCGCUGAUGAGUCUUAUCACGUCUUCCGAAGUCAGGCAGCCUGGAAAAGCACCGAAUUACAGCGUCAACUGGACAAUCGGUCAACCCGAAGCCGAGGUCAUUAAUUGUACUACGGGUAAAGACGAGUUGGGAAAACCAUCGCGGAUCUCAAAGCAGGGACUGUUCAGGAAGUUCUUCACUCUUUUGGGAAAGCUCAACACAAUCGAUGAUGCUGACGUAACCCAGUGUCGCCACUACCUCGAGGCGAAAUCAUCCGUUCAGGACUAUUCACUUGCCAAACGUCAGUUGAAGGAUGCGUUCGUCAGGGCGCAAUUGGGCAGCUGGGUCAAGAAACCAAUCGAACAGGAUAUGUUCGAAGUCGAUAUCUGACUAAUCAAGGCGGCUCCCGCGGUCCCUCAGGAUCGCACGAGAUCCCGAGCUUUCGAGUACGUAGUUCCUAGCGUAAAAUAGAUCGCUCGUUCGGCGUGUCAUGUCGCGGCAGAGUUUGGCACCAGUAAAGCAUGAAUCAUAGGCUCACGCACGUAAGACCAGUCACACUACGUAUUUGCAUUAUAGCGAACGAGUAACAGUAAGGAAGAAAGAAAAAAAAAACCAAGUGUUCGCGGCUAGUUCCGAUUGUAUAACAACAAUCGCUAGAAAGAUAGCGAGUAAAGAUAAAAAAACAAGAAAAGAAGAAAGCGCGAGUGAGGAAGGCGACCAGGGAUGAGGAUGACGUCCUGUAUCGACCGACCUGGUGGCAGCCCCACUCGAAUCUUAAUUGUUGAUUAUUCUUCGUCAAUUCCGACGACUUCAUAGACUGGUAGAAAUGUAAGGUAAUUAGUCAAUUUUCGUUUAUAAUCUUAGAGUCAAGUCUUGAUGAUCGCGUAGCGGCCUUAGAAAGUCUUUAGUUCGUUUUGUCGUGUCGAACGGUGAAAAUUUUCGAGGAAACCAGUCAAGCAGCACAUAUCCGACUUUUGAGUAUCUUACGGCUAAAAGUAUGAUAUACUCUAUUAGGUCGUACAUAUAUGAUAUACGACAAAUUUUAUCGCGAGAUAAGUACCCUGAGUAUUAGAGUUACCUAAGUUUUAUUAGGAAUGAGCCCGAGCAAUGAAAUACGGAGAUCAUCUCCGACUGCGUUAGCGAAGAUGCACGGGCUCAGAAAUUUUGUCGCCUUGCGACACUUGUAUUACGAAUCCUGUCCUCGACGCGUAAAAGGAUCCAUUGGUUCAUCACGAGAGUUCAGCUAGUCUUUUAAUGGUCGUCCAUUUUUUUUUUUUUUUUUUUUUUUUUUUUUUUUUUUUUUUUUUUUUUUUUUCUAGUGCUUUAGGAGAAUACAGUCGCGCGUUAAAGCGGCGCGAAGCGCCGCGAGUCGCAACCACCGAGGGCUGUGACCUUAAACCAAUCUCGACGAAGUAUUCAUAGAACGCGUCACUUCGUCUUCGUGGUACUGUCGAAUGAAGGUACGAAUCCUCGUCAAAGACUUCGUCAGGUAACCAUUGUUCCAGAGGCAAUCCACUAUUUCCGGAAGAGACUCUACACUGUCUCUUCCGCAAUGCCGUAGCUAAUACGUCAUACAUGAAAAUGACUUCGACGAGGUAUCGCAUCGGCAAUUCGCAGUACCAGUUUAUCGUUAAGCUAAUAUUUUUCAUAGUCAGGCCGAAUUUUCGUAAGAGAGAGUGCGUUACCUGAGAGCGUAUGAGAGGGAUAGGAAUAAAGAGCGUGGUAGGGAAAUGCUUUAUCGAACGUACCAGCCUAGGCCUCCGAGGCAAUUUUGACUGGUAAUUUUGACAUUAUUUUUCGAGAGAAUGUGUAAACGUGAAAUUAGCGUGAGGUAACGAGAGAAUGAAAGGCAAUUGAGAAAGGCCGAGAGAGAGAGAGUGCGAAAGCGUGACAGAAAGAGGGAGAGAAGAAACACGAGCAUCCCAAUCGAUAAGACACACCUAUAGCGAUCGCUUAGAGAGUCCUACGAUAAUUGCCUCACUGUGCCAGUAUUAAUUAUUCUAUUCAAAUGCAAUUCUGCCGUAGUGACACACUGCCCGAUGUCGGUCCAGUUUUGCGCAAAAAGCUCAGAAUCUUAAAAUUAGGAACUUCUUUAUUUCGAGAGCUCUCACGCGGGAGACGCGGUUCUUCAAUAAUUAUCACUGCGUGAAAAUUACGAUGUAAUUUUUAGUUUACAAUAAUGAAGAUAACUACCGUCGCCAUAAUGAAAUACUAGUUAUACAUGAUAGUAUUAUUAUGGAUCGUAAGAGUUAAUGUUACGCAAUUAAUCUUAGUCAAUCAUAUACGUAUCCCUUGGAAAGAGAGGAAACGCGAAUGAUCUGGAUAUCUGUUAAGUAUUAGAACUACAGACUCUUUAAUCGCAAACCCUCCGAUACUCCUCAAGGAAAAACACGAGGAGAGAAAGGGAUUGAUGGAAGUCAAUCCGUGUACCUGUUUCGUUUUAACGAGAAUUCAAUGAUCUUUAAUUUUACCUCUUUCAAUGCUGGAAGCUAAAGCUCGUGUAUAAAUUGCGCAUUUAUGUUCAAUAUAAUUUUCAUUUUCAAUAAUUUCA